AUGAAAUAUUUAUUUAUUUCCUUAUUGUUGUGCUAUAAUUUAAUCUUCUAUAUAUAUUGUGUUUCAAAAAAUGCAUAUAAUAUAAAAGAGAAAAAAAGGUGGGAAUGUAUAUUCCCCAUAAAUCAUCAAAGUAAUAAUAAUGCAAAAUCCCUUUUUAUGAAUAAAUAUUUGUAUAAAAAAAGGAAACAUACUAGUACGUUACCAUUUAUCAAAACAUAUAACAAUUUAAAAAAUAAAAACAAAAAUGAUAUAUUAAAAAUAUCAUAUUAUUCUAUAAAUAAUAAAAAAUAUAUAUAUAAUAAAAUACACACACAUAUUCUUUUCAUGAAUAAUAAUAAUAAUAAUAAAGAGCAUAUCCAAGAUAGUAAUACCAAUAUGUUGUUAAGCAUAUAUAACAAAAUAUCAGAAGAUGGAAAAACCAAAAAUAGCCUACUUAGCGAUAUAUCAAAAUUAUUCAAAAUUGUAAAAGAAAGCAAAUUAUUAUUUGUAACUGGAUUUUUAUUAACAACCUUGUCAGCAAUUGUCGAUUCAUACAUUCCAAUUUUUCUAUCCAAAACUGUAUCUUUUGUAAUGGAAAAAAGAAUUUUUACAAUUAUCAAAAUACACAAACCAAAUUUGUCAGUUGUAAAAGAUUUAAUAGAAUAUCUAAAAUUUUGUAGUAGUAACCCUUUCCAUAUGUAUGUAUUAAUAUCUGUUAUAAGCUUAUUAUUUUCUUCCUUUCGUUCAUAUAUUUUUAAUGUGUGUGCAUAUGCAAGCACAAAUAAAUUACAAAAAUAUCUUUUCAAUGUAUUAUUACAUAAAAAUAUUAACUAUUUUAAGAAAAAAGGAAAAGGAGAAUUAAUAAGUAGACUUAAUAUUGAUUCAUCAGAAUUAAUUGAUAUUUUUACAACAAACAUAAUUGUAUUAUUUCGAAAUAUGAUAAAAAUGGUUUUGUCAUUUUAUUUCUUAUAUAAAAUUAACGUACAUUUAUUUAUUGUUUCUUUAUUUAUUGUUUUUAUUAUUUCAAAUAUAUCCAUUUUUUUUUCUAAUAUAUUUCGUAAGCUAGCCAAAGAAGAAAGUAAUGUAGUUGCUCAAUCAAAUAAUAUUGUAGAAGAAUCAAUUUACAAUUUUUCACUUAUAAGUGCGUUUAAUACACAUAAUAAGGAAAUAAAAAAAUAUAAUAAUUCAUUAGAUACUAUUUAUAUGUCUAGGAUGAAAUUAGGGUUAUUAUAUAUUAUAGAGAAGUUUUUUAUUCGUAUAAUAGAUAUGAUGACAUUUAUAUUAACCUUAAUUUUAAGUAAACAAACGUUAAUAUAUAAUCUGAAUAUUGAUACAAGAACUAUAAUUUCGUCUGUUAUAUAUAUGCAAAAUAUAAUUGCCCAAUCAUGUACGAUAGAGCAACAAUAUUCUAGGGUUCAAGAACUUAUAGGUAAUGCAGAAGAUGUUAUAAAAUUAAUAGAAAAGGACAAUAUGCGCACAAAUAAUAACAAUAAUAAUAAUAAUACCAAAUUGGUAUCUUCCAAAUAUAAUUUCUUUUCUAUUCUUUUUAAUAUAACCGAUAUGAAAAAUUUUAUAUUUAAACAUUCCCUUUUGAAAAAAUUUCAAACCAUACAAAACAAUUCUGAUUAUGUUUUAAAUAUAAUUAAACCGAAUUAUCUAAAAUUAUUUGAAAGAAACUAUAACAAUUUAAUUAAAUUAUUUUUUAAUGAAAAGCAUUUUAAUCAAUGUGAUGAGAACCUUUUCAAAAAUGUAUCAACUGAUGAUAUAAAUAAUAUUGUUAUGAAUGAAAAAAAAGAGGAAACAAAUAAAACAAAUGAUUACCAAAAUUUUAUAAGUAACAAAGAAGUGUAUGACAAUAAAACAACGAACUAUACUUUAAAAAAAAAAAAACAAGAUAAUUCAUUUUAUUAUAAUACACCAAAUAAUAAUGUUCAAAUGAAAAAUGUAUCACCUGAACAUUCUUUUAAUAAAUCAGAAAAUUUUCAAAAUAAAUUAAAAAAAAAGAUACAAGAAAUAAAUAUGCAAGAUGUAUACCAAUUUAUUAAAAAUGAUCAUGAACUUAUUAUCAAAUAUAAAUUAGAUCGAAAAUUUAUAAAAUUCUUAAAGACAUAUUAUAAAAAAAAUAUCAUAUUAUUUAUCUUAAAAUUAUAUAAAGAAAGUAAUAAUUCAGUAUCAGAUGAUUUUCUAUUCCUUUUUGAUAACAUUAGUUCAUUUAAAAAUUUAUCAAUCAAAGACAAAAAGAGCAUCUUAAAAAUGAGUAAUAUAACAAAUAAAACAAUAUACAUUAUUUUGCUUACCUUCCUAUUUUAUAAUUAUUCCAAGUUUUAUUACAAGAGGCAGAAAAAAAAAAAUUUCAUAAAUUUUAUUGAAAAAAAAAAUAAAAUGUUAAAGAAUAGUCAGAAUGUUGAAAGGCACGAACAGGCAUUAAGCACAUAUGAGAAAUUGCAUGAGUCAAUGGAGGAUGAAAUAAAUAUAAACGAUGUCUUAAGUGAUACUAUAUGUGAUAAUAUAAAUGAUAGUAUAAGUGACACUAUAAGUAAUACUAUAAGUGAUAAUAUAACAGAUAAACCAAAUGACAGUAUAACUAACAAUUCCAAUGAUAUCUCAAACAAUUAUGAAUCUAACCAAUAUUUAUAUCCAAACAAUAUGCCCACUACGCCAAAAAAAAAUGAUCAAUAUAAUAACCAAACAGACAAUUUAGAGUUGAAUAACGAAUCAGUUAAUUUAAAUAAAACAAAAAGUAAAAUAAAAAAAAAAAAAAGUUUAAACAGUAUCUUACCUUAUAUUAUAAAAAACGCUAUAAAAGAAUUAGAAAUUUUAAAAUUUAUUGAUUCAAAUUAUAAAAGUAUAAAUGAAAAUUUAAUAUUAGAUAAUAUAAAAGAUAAUAAAAAGGGAAGUACUUUAAUAUUUGAAAAUGUAGAUUUUUAUUUUGCAAAAUAUCCAAAAAAUAAAAUUUUAUCAAAUAUUAAUUUAAAUUUGUCAAAUAAAUAUACAUAUGGAAUAUUAUGUUAUAAUGACUCAGGUAAAAAUUAUCUUGCCAAAUUAGCUGCUAGGUUAUAUAAUAAAACAUAUGGUAAUAUAUUAUUAGAUGAUGAGAAUAUAGAAAAUAUAUCUAAAUAUAUAUUAACCAAAAAAAUAUCAUUAGUAGAAGAACAAAGUUAUAUUUUUAGUGACAGUAUAAUCUAUAAUAUGCUUUAUUCAUAUAAUUGUAUUACAAAAGGAAACAAAAAUUUUUAUUAUUUAAAUUAUAAUUUCAAGUUGAAUCAAAAUAAUAUAAAUAAUUGUGUACACCUUUUUUCUCACGAUAAUGAUAUUAUAACAAAUCAUUAUAAUAAUAAUAUUAAUAGUGGUAGUAAUAUUAAUAGUACUAUUAGCAGUUGUAGAAAUAAUGACCAAUACGAAAAAAUAAAACAGAAAAACAAAAAAAUAAAAGUAAAAUACAAAAUAAAAGAAAAUAGGCCAUCCACAUACAACAUAUAUAAUACAACAAAUGACAAUGCUCCAGACCAAUCAUUAUAUACAUUUAAAAAUUUUAAAAAAGAAUGCUUAAUGUGUGGAAGUCUUAUAGACACAAAAUUAUUGGAAGAACAAAAAAAAAGUCAAAGUUAUAAUAAAUAUAAAGUUCAUUUCAUAAAAAAAUUAUAUAAAGAAAUAAUUAAAGUUUCAAAAAUUGUAUGCUUAUAUGAUGUUAUCAAUUCUUAUCCAGAUAAAUUUUUUCAUAAUAUUAAUGAUAAAAUUUUAUCAGGAGGACAAAAACAAAAAAUUUCAUUAGCUAGAGCUAUUAUAAAAAAACCAAAAAUACUUAUAUUAGAUGAUGCUUUUAGUGCAUUAGAUGCAGCAAAUGAAUUAAAAAUAUUUUCAAGUAUAAAAAAUUAUUUACCAAAUUGUACUAUAAUAAAUCUCUCUCAUAAAAUAACCACAGUCAAUAAGUGUGAUUAUAUUUAUGUUUUAAAAGAUGGAAAAAUUAUAGAACAUGGUUUACGAACAAAAUUGAUACAAAAUAAAAAUAGUGAGUAUAUUAAAAAAUUCAAUGAAUAUUGA